AUAUUACCAAACACGACCUGUGAAGGACGCACGAGAACGCGCGCCGGCUUACCAUUUCAUCAUCUUCUUCCUCUUCAGUUCACUUCAUUCACUGUUCGCUUACACGUACUCAAACAUUGGGACUUGUUGAUUUUCAUCUUAUGGAUCCUCCGUCUUCCACGCCACCAUCUCUUCACUUGGCAAUGGCGGCCUUUUUUGGAGCCUCUUUGAUGGCUCUUUCCGCCUUCUACAUUCACAAGCGCAGUGUCGACCAGGUACUUCGCCGCCUCAUCGAGAUCCGCCGCACACACUCUCGCACUUCCGGCUUAAAGGGGAGCAAGAAGAGCUCUAUAGUGGUGGUGAUGAUGAAUACGACGGCGAUGACCUCGGAGAGUUUGGUUCCGACGGUGGAGGAACGGCUGUUGAUAUGAAAGAUUAUUCUCGAAGCUUGUCCAGGUCCGCGGACGAGACCGGGCAUCGGAGUUAUAGAAUCUCUUCGUCAUUACCAGAUGUUGCGUUUAGAACUGACUGGUUCGAAGAGGACGGCAAGUUUGAGCAGUCAGCGGGUUAUGAAGCUCAGGCUCGUGCUUCUUCGUUGGAUAAUCUGAACUUUGUUUCCUCAGGGAUUGCUCCACAUCGAACGAAUCAAAGGGAUAGAGAGAACGCUCAGCUUUCAUGUUCCUACAAAAGAAUAGCAUCUAUUAGUAGAAUUAAGACUCCAAGGUCUCCCAGCCGUAAUACCUUUGAAAGCGCUGAAGAUUCUGACGAAGAAGGACCUGGCCUUGAAAAUGAUGAUCGUAUUCCUUUCUAUGCGGGGGAUAUGGACUCUUCAAAUAAUUAUGGAGUAAGUACAAACAUAUGCAGUUUGUCUGCUAUUCCAAUUAGAGGUGAUGAUGCGAGCUGUGUAAACAGCCAGAUGAGCAGUGAGACCAUAAAAGAACCUAAAGCUGGUGCAGAUAUGCAACAUGAUGGAAAAACAGGAUCAACUUCUGUAAAUUUAGUGGGAAAUGGUCUCACGUUUUCCAAUACUAUCUUGCCACCAGGAAUUGCAGUGCAAGAGUCCACGAAUAUUGAAGAAGAGGAAGUAUGCAAGAUGAUUCGUGAAUGCUUGAAUUUGCGUAAGAAAUAUGUUUACCGAGAAAAUGUUGCUCCUUGGAAGGCCAAACCUUUGGCAAAGAACUCUGAUCCAUAUCACUUUGACACAGUUGAACCAUCACCACAUCACUUUAGGAUGGAAGAUGGAGUUGUGCAUGUUUAUGCAAGUAAAAAUGACUCUGAAGAGCUCUUCCCAGUUGCAAACUCAACGGAGUUUUUUACUGAUAUGCAUUAUGUUCUUAAAGUUAUGGCUAAUGGAAAUGUUCGCUCUGCAUGCUACCAUAGGCUACGAUUCCUUGAGGAAAAAUUCCGCCUUCAUCUGUUACUGAAGGCAGACAGGGAAUUUUUGGACCAGAAAAGUGCACCACACCGAGAUUUUUAUAAUAUUAGAAAAGUUGAUACUCAUAUCCAUCAUUCUGCGUGCAUGAAUCAGAAGCAUCUACUGCGCUUCAUUAAGUCAAAGUUAAAAAAAGAACCUGAUGAGGUUGUAAUAUUUAGAGAUGGAAAGUAUAUGACACUGAAGGAGGUGUUUGAGAGCUUGGAUUUGACAGGGUAUGAUCUGAAUGUUGAUUUGCUGGACUGUCAUGCGGAUAAGAGCACCUUCCAUAGAUUUGACAAAUUCAACCUGAAGUAUAAUCCUUGUGGACAAAGCAGACUGAGGGAGAUAUUCUUAAAACAGGAUAACCUUAUCCAAGGAAGGUUUUUGGCUGAAGUAACAAAGGAAGUUUUGUCAGAUCUUGAAGCAAGCAAAUAUCAGAUGGCUGAGUAUAGGAUUUCCGUGUAUGGAAGAAAACAGAGUGAAUGGGAUCAAUUGGCAAGUUGGUUUGUAAACAAUUCCCUUUAUAGUGAGAGUGCAAUAUGGUUAAUUCAGUUACCACGGCUAUACAAUGUGUACAAGAAGAUGGGAACUGUUACCUCAUUUCAAAAUAUUCUGGAUAAUGUGUUUAUUCCUCUGUUUGAAGCCACAGUGGAUCCAAAUUCUCAUCCUCAAUUACAUUUGUUCUUGAUGCAGGUGGUGGGAUUUGAUCUUGUAGAUGAUGAAAGUAAACCAGAAAGGCGCCCAACUAAGCACAUGCCAACCCCAGCUGAGUGGACAAAUGAAUUUAAUCCAGCUUAUUCUUACUACCUUUAUUACUGCUAUGCAAACUUGUAUACACUAAAUAAGUUGCGUGAAUCUAAAGGAAUGACCACUAUAAAAUUGCGGCCUCAUUGUGGAGAGGCAGGUGAUGUUGAUCAUUUGGCUGCUGCUCUCCUCCUCUGCCAUAACAUUUCCCAUGGAAUUAAUCUGCGGAAAACACCAGUUUUGCAAUAUUUAUAUUACCUUGCACAGAUUGGUUUAUCAAUGUCACCCCUGAGCAAUAAUUCUCUUUUCUUGGACUAUCAUCGCAAUCCAAUGCCCAUGUUUUUCCAGAGAGGUCUGAAUGUCUCUCUCUCCUCCGAUGAUCCUCUGCAAAUUCAUCUGACUAAAGAGCCACUGCUAGAAGAAUAUAGUGUUGCUGCUAAGGUAUGGAAGCUCAGUGCCUGUGACUUGUGUGAGAUAGCCAGAAAUUCUGUCUAUCAGUCUGGAUUUUCCCAUGAAGCUAAGGCGCAUUGGCUUGGGGAUAAAUAUUUCUUGAGAGGUCCCGAAGGAAAUGAUAUUCGCAAGACGAAUGUUCCCAGCUUGAGAAUCUCUUUCCGACAUGAGACAUGGAAGGAGGAAAUGCAAUAUAUUAAUGCCGACAAAGCCACCUUCCCUGAAGACGUUGACCCAUGAAGCAAAUCAGAUGAAUUUGCCUCUGGACUAAUCACCCUUUGUAUGAUGAUUGGGGUUAUGGUUCUCCCCGCGGCUUCUUUUCACAUAACUUGUACACUGCGUGCUUCAACUAUCUACUCUAUUUCAACCUCAGAGAAGUCAGUUUCUUCUAACACGGUUUUCAACGAUCUUGCCUGCAUCGCUUCCAAUUGCCUUGAGGUGAUCAGAAUUAUGAACUUGGCCUUUUUUUGUCAUCUGUUGUUAAUCAGUAGUGGUCUUCUUACUGAGCUAUUAUACUUGACUCAUUGUAAAUUAACUGUUCCCGCCCAAUCAGGCUCCUGGGAUGACAAAUGACAAUAUGCACAUUGUAUGGGGACUUGAUGCUCUGUUCUCACUUCUGGCUCCUUAGGCUGGAACUUGGAAUCCCUUGCUUUGCCUGCUUCGAGAUGCUUAAUUUGACUUUUCAUC